AUGCCACUCCAACUGCAUCCGAUGACCGAGGAAGAUAGUCUGUCCUGGACACGCGUACGCGCACUCGCCUACUACGGUCCGACGCACGUCGUCGUACACAGCGGCCCCAUUAGCGAAACAUCCAUACGAGGUGUAGCUGAAGACCGCAAGCGCGAGAUCAAGAAGCCAAACACGUGGCAUUGGAAAGUCGUAGACACGGAUCUGGAGCCUAGUUCUGACGACCCACCUAACAAUGGCGGGCGCACAAUCGCCGUGUCAGUAUGGAGCAUGAAUAACGUCUCCGCAAUGAAAGAAGGCGAGAACAACGAAGCACCUUCGAUUCCGGCGGAGAAAUCAGAUGACACUCCUGGUUUCCUCCCACCGGAAUUGCGUCUCGAUGCUCUGGGUUCGUUGCUUGGUCCUCUACGAGCUGCUCAAGCCUCUAUCAUGGGCACAUCGACGCCGCACUUUAUGCUGAAUUCACUGGCCACGCAUCCGGAUCAUCAGGGUCGCGGAGCUGCGAAGAUGAUGCUGGACUGGGGGAUGCAGAAGGCGGAUGAAGAGGGGCUGGUCACGUAUUUGGAUUCCACGAUGACCGGAAGGCCUGUAUAUGAGAGGAGGGGUUUUGCGCUGGUCAGGGCGCUUGAGUGGGAUCGGGUGCCGUGGGGAGGAGAGGGUAAGGACUGGCAUGGGUGCAUGGUUCGGCCAGCGAAGAGCGUGGAGAAGUAG